CGUCGCGCGGGGCUGCAGGCCCCCGCGAUGCCCCCCCCCGCGCGCCGCUAGAGCCCCCCCGGCUGCCAUGGGCCGCGCGGGGCGGCGGCUCCCCCAGCAGGGGGCGCUGUUCCAGGCGCGCCGGCGCGGGCGCGCGCGGGGCCGGAGGGCGGGGCUGGAGGCGGAGCUACAGCAGCUGGAUUUGGGGGCCGAGGCCGCGGCUCCCACCGGGACCGGGCUGGUCAGAGAUGGAGGGCACGGCGACGGGCACGGGGACGGACGCCCCCCCGGGGGUCCGGCCCUGCAGGAGCUGUUCCAGCGCUGCGUCCCCGUCCAGUGCCGCCCGGCCAGCGAUGAGGAGCUGCUGCUGGUGCACAGCCCCUCGUUCGUGGCGAAGCUGGAGCCCCCCGAGAGCCCCGGCCCGGGUGUGCGGGGUCCCCGCGGGGCCGUGGGGGCGGCGCUGGCGCUGCUGGAGCCGCUGCUGGGGGGGGCCCUGCGCAACGGGGUGGCGCUGAUCAGCCCCCAGGACCCCCAGGACCCCCCCCAGCCCGCGGCCGUGGCUGCCCGGGUGGCGCAGAAACAGCUCGGGGUGCAGCGGGUUCUGAUCGUGGACUGGAGCCCCCGGCCCGGGCGGAGCCUGGCCCGGAUCUUCCAGGAGGACCCCAGCGUUCUGUACUUCGGGGCCCAGCGGGGUCGGGAUUCCAUCCCAAGCACCGGGGAUGGACCCGGAGAGGGGUUCAGUGUGGAGCUGCAAUGGGAGCAGGCCACCGUCACCGAUGGCGAUUUCGCUGCUGCUGCCUUCAACAUCCUGCUGCCCAUCGGCCUGCAGUUCCAGCCCCAGCUCGUCCUGGUUGAGGCUUCGCUGGAGGAUUUGGGGGGUGCCCUGGGGGUGUCCCCAGCCGGGUUCUCCCUGCUCACCCACCUGCUCUCGGCCCUGGCCCGGGGGCGGCUGCUGCUGCUGCUGCAGGGGGGGCCGGAUUUGGGGGCGUCCCCGGGGGGGGUGGGGGCCGUGCUGCGGACCCUGCUGGGGGACCCCGGGGACCCCCUCGGGCCCAUCGCCCCCACCCCCAGCGGCCUGGCCAGCAUUGCCCGCACGCUGAGCGUCCAGCAGCGCUACUGGGGCUGCCUGCAGAGCUUCGAGAGCGAGGAGGAGGAGGAAGAAGAGGAGGAAGAGGAGGAGGAGGAGGUGGAAGCGGGGGAGGAGGAAGAGCACGAGGAUGAGGAUGAAGCUGAGGAGGAGGAGGAGGAGGAUGAAGAGCAGGAGGGGGAGGGGAACCCCCCGGAGCCGCCCCCGGAGCCCCCGAGCAGAGCCCGGGUGGGGCUGGUGUACGACCCCCGCAUGGAGGAGCACAGGAACACCUGGGACAGCCACCACCCCGAGUCCCCGCAGCGCCUGCCCCGCGUGCUGCAGCGCCUGCAGGAGCUGGGGCUGGCCCAGCGCUGCCUGCCGGUGCCCGCCCGGCCCGCGAGUCACCGCCAGCUGCGGGCGUGCCACACGCGCUCCCACGUGCGGGCGCUGUCCCGCGUCCCCGCGCUGUCCCCGCGGGAGCUGCGGGCGCUGUCCCAGCGCUACCCCAGCGUGUUCCUGUGCCCGCGCUCCUUCCGCUGUGCCCGCCUGGCCGCGGGGGGCGCAUGCGCGGCCGUGGGCGCCGUCAUGGGGGGGCAG